UGAUAAAUAUUCUCAUUCACUUUGUUCACCACGUCCAAACGAGAAGCACCCUUUUUCUUCAUCCAAAUUCAUACAACAUGAGACUGGCUCCAACCAACUGAAUAAAAUCCAACGGUCUACAAGGCAACGCGACAGUGGAAAAAGGCAACGAGGAUUUUAUUUUAUUUUGUUUCUUCAGUCACAUAGAGGGUCAACUUCCUUGCUCAAAUUUUUCCUCAAAAAAUCGGAUUAUUUGUUGGUUUGAAAGAAAUUGUCGUCCUUGCCGGAUUUGACUUGUUGCAGAUUAAUUCAUUGAUUCUCACUCGCUGAAUUAUAUCACAAUGGAGAACAAUAGCAGCAUCGUGAAGAAGUCCACCUCGGAAUCUACGUCGGCAUCAUUGUCAGCUUCGCCUCCUGCUACUCGAACUCCUCUCGCAAGAAUUCAAAAGGUUGGUUCGGGGUCAUCUGAAAAUGAAAUGGUAGGUCGAAGAUCUAUCCUGACCGUACAGAAGGGGGGAGAAGGGGUCAUUUUGGACAAAAAAUCUGGUGGUGGUGGUGGGGGCCGUGUAGUAAAAUUAUCACUGAAGGGAGGGAAGCGUGGAUCGUGUCAGAAAAAACUUGUCAGCAAAGCGGUCCAGGCAGUGGUCAAUGAAGAUUUAGAAUUCGUAACGGGAGACGAGCCUCCUGCGAGUUAUUGGAAGCAACUUGCUGAGACAAGACAACACGCUUUGGAAGAUACGUUGAUGGAAAAUGAGGCUUUACAUCAACGAAUUGAAAUAUUAGAGAACUCGAAUCAUGAAAUGCAAGAAUUGUUAAAACAAGCUAACCAUCUUUCCCAACUACUCUUGUUGUUACCAAGUGAUGAUGAAGAUGAGGAUGCCGUGAACAACAAUCAGAUUAGUGAAGCAGCAGCGAAUGAAUCUGGCUUUGGUGGAGAGGAGUUGGACGAGUGAAAAUUUGCAUACUUCUGCACUGCAUACUUGAUCUCAAACAUUAUAUUUAGUGGAGUAAGAGCAAAAUUAAAAUAAGCAGGUAUGUGGAAUUUUUUGUGGCCUUUGAUAAAAUCUGCUUUGAAGUCGAGUUAUUGUACAGGCUUGGCGAAAAAUAAUUUCUCAUCGUUAUUCCUUUUUCUAAACUUUUGCGUAGAAGUGUGGGUACAUAUAUUAAAAAAUUUGUGCUUUAUCCUAGUGAUAUUAAGGUUAAUAUUUAAAAUGAGAUAUUUUUAUAUGUUGUUAAAAAAUUGUAAAUAAAUCAAAUGUUUAAGUUAAAAA